CAAUGACAAUUCAGGUCGUGCCAGAAGUCUGAUCAAAUCGGCGACAAUUAAAAUGGUUUCUCAUUCAGACGGCCAAGAUAUGAAGUCAACUGAGGUAGAGCAGCCGAGGAUUCUGUCGUUGCAAGAACAGCGAAUCCGUAUACAGCAACUAGAGCGACAGAUCCAGGCAGAAUGCACUGCAGCAAAAGAGAUCCUUGAGAAUGACCAGAAAUCCUCUCGAGACUGUAAACCAUUUAGCCGGUCAUUGCCCAAACCUGGACUACCACUGGAGAGCUUACUGGAGAAGGAACAGCGAAGACUGUGUACUCUGAUAAAGCAGUUUAAUGGGCUGAAGUUUGCUGUGAAGGACAAGGAGUCUCAGCUACUGGAGGUGGAGCAGGAAAGGAAGGCUCUGAAGCUGGAGUCCACACCUGCUGACAGUGAGCACCAAUAUGAACAGAGGUUGAGGCAGCUGGAAAACAGUCUAGCGAAGAUGACUGUCAAGAUAACCGAAGCAGAGAAAAUCCAGAACACCUACAUAAAACUCAGCGAGCACCUCAGUUGGAAAACACGUGAGAUGCCCAAGAUUCUGGAUCAGCUUCAGACGUCAGUGGUGCUGGGAGAGACAGAACUGACCAGGGUGGCCCGAAUGUCCCAGGUGGCCGUGACUGCUGUGGACAGCACCAAGGGACAGCUCCUUCAGAUGGAGAGACAGCUGAUGGUUGAGCGCAGGCUGAUGGAGGCAGAGCUGACUGGCAGGAGGCUUGAGAAAGCAAGGGAGCUGGAGGGAAGGAUAGAACGAGAGAAGGAGGGAGAACGGAGGGGCAGCAGAGGGCCACAUAAGUUGAAAGAGCAGGGCCGGAAGUCUGGGAAAGAGGCACUGACUGAAGUGACUGAUUCAGCUCAUCUCAGAGCUCAGCAGUCUACUCCCAGCCCCAGCACUCCCCAGUUCAUAGUCAAACUGGUGGAGGACACAGAUGCUUUGAGAGAGGCUCUAAGCUGCACUGAUCUGCAAGAGCUGGAGAACCGCCUGGUCUCCCAAAACGCCACCAAAGAGCAGCUCUACAGCCAGAUGAUGCAGUAUGAGGAUGUGGUCAAGCAGAGGAUGGACACCCUAGCUGCGCUGGAGCUGCAGUACGCCCAGCUCAAGUUCAGUGUGGGCCCCGGCUCUGAGAGGCACGAGCAGUUGAUUGAAGGGUUGAAGGCGGGGAUUCAGCAGGAAGAGGAGCGCUGUGGCCAAUGGGAGGCCCAGCUGAGUAAGGCCCAGGCAGUACUGCAUGUGAUGGAGCAGGGAAUCAACAACCUAUACUUCCGAAUCAUCUGUGUGCCAACAGACAAGGAGUUUUCCAGAGAGACAAAUAUGAGCACCAUGGAAAAACUGCAGGAAAUCAAUGCCCUUCUACCCAUCUUGCAUGAAGAGGCCUUGCGCUCAGCCGAGGAUAGCAGCCCCGACCAGGAGAAGGCGUGGCAUUUCCUGGAGCAGAGCACCCUACAGGAGCCCAGGAACUUCAAGAGGGCCAGCAGUCCAGUGUACAACAGCACCUCUGAAGACACUUUCCAGUUCCGCAGUCAGGAAGAAGACUGCUCUCUGUCCCGUGAGGAGGUCAAGCGCCGCAGCAUCCAGCUAAUUGAGUCCCAGCAACACAAGAAGAAAGUCCAGAAGAGCUCGAAGAAGACUUAAACACUAUAGCACACCAAUAAGGACCAGGCAGCAACACAGCUGCAAUCUCCUCACAGCCCACAGGAAUUAUGUAGCAGAAUAAACA